AUGGAAUCGGAAAUACAUAUAGUUGAAAAACCAGUAUCAAUGGUAUUCGAAGCUGGUAGCCUAGCUAGCUCUGAAGAUCCACCAAUGGAUGAAUGGUCUUCACUCGAAAUGGUGUUCGAAGAAAAAAACCCCAAACGAGUUCUGGAGGAAGAAGGUUUGUAUGAUCCAGGAACACCAGAGAUCUGCUCAAAAUACAUCGCACUGUCCUCCAGCUCCGUUACAAGACACGUGUAUUAUCUCUACCCUGGUAUUGUCGAUCCCGGAAUAUUAAAAGCUCUGUUAAGCCCCGAAGAACCAACCAUUUAUGCUGAUGACGGUCAAGAUCUUUACUUAGCCGUUUGUAAAGAAAUGAAACAAUGUGUUGUAAGAAGUUUUCAUAAAGGACUAUUGGAUGAAUACAUUAACUUAAGUUACUACGGUGUUAAUCCCAAUGGAGUCCGAGCCAUGGCUUUGGCUCUAAAAUAUAAUAAAUUUGUCAAAAAAAUUAAUUUCACCGACAAUUUUCUCGACAACGAUGCAUGCUUUCACUUAGGUGAAAUGUUUUUAGCGAACACGUGCUUGACAGAGCUCAAUCUUAAUGGCUGCCGAAUCGGACCCUCAGGUAUUCGACAAUUACUAGCUAAUAUGAUUAUUAAUACGACUCUUAACACUCUUAACUUGAGCAGAAAUGAAAUAGGCGAUGCUGGCAUGGUGCACUUCGCUAACGCAGUGUCUAAAGGUCUUAACGUAAAGGAAAUCAAUUUGAGUCAUAAUAAUAUCAGCGGAAAAGGAGUCGCAUUGCUAGUAGAGCCUUUUGAAAGGUACAACAAAGUUACUAACUGGGAUCUAUCGUGGAACAAUCUCUAUUCACCUGGUACCUCCGCUUUUCUUAAUGCUAUAUCCGAAUCUACCGAAAUAUUAACAGACAUGAACUUAUCGUAUAACGGUCUCAGGCAACAAGUUGGCUGGGGUUUAAAAAGAUUACUUACGGUAAGGGAUAUCCAAAAUGUAGAUUUAAGCCACAAUCUACUGCAAGGCCAAGGUAUUAAGGACCUUUGUGCCAGUUUAUCGUCUGCUAAAAAACUGGUGUCCUUGAAUCUGGGAUAUAAUCCUAUGACCCCGGCAGAUGCCUGUAUAGUUCUCAAGAAGUUGAAGCUAAAGAAAGUGAAAGUCUUAAAUGUGAACAUGGAGAACGUGAAUGUAGACCGAAAUUUUUUACUAUUAUUAAACGAAGUAAGGGAAAUCAAGCCUGAUGUAAAUCUGAAGUUUGGAAAUAUCGUCGGUACCUUUAAACCAGUAGGACCAGACUAUAGACAGCUUCUUUUCAAGCGACUAGACUACUUAUGCAAUAAGCCAAAGAAAAAUAAGAUUGAUAUUGCAUUGCUGCUGUUGCAACUACAGAAGGACAAAGUUGCUUUUAUGCUGUGCAAAGAGUUCUUUUAUAUGUUGUACCGUGGUGGGGCUCCCGUAGAGCCUGACCUUAUGGAGGACAUCUGCAAUUAUUUCCCUGGUCCUAAAGCUGAUAAGGGAGAUAAAACUGUAAAUAUUAAUGCUUUAGUUGAAUUUUCAACUCGAAUGUUUCCUGAGAGAAAGUUGCCUCCUACGCCUCCUCCAGAACUAGCACCGAAACCAAAUAAAGGAAAGAAAAAAGGAAAAGGAAAGAAAUAA